AUGGACAGCUUUACAUGGACGUUUCGGUGUCAAAAAGAUCUGAAGCUCCAAAAGAAAUCUGGAAAAAGGUAUGACAAUUUCAUAAUGAAUCGAUCACUGCGCAAAUCAUCAUCAUCAUCACCGCCAAGACUUCUAUACAUCACAAUCCUCAUACUCUUCUUGACAUGUUUGUAUGGAAUCAUCACAAACCUCCAAACCGUAACCUAUCUCUUCCGUCCUCUCUGGGACAAACCUCCCCCGCCGUUCAAACGAAUCCCUCACUACUACGCCGAGAACGUCUCCAUGCCACACCUCUGCCAGCUCCACGGCUGGACACCUCGCUCCCAACCUAGACGAGUCUUCGACGCCAUCAUCUUCAGCAACGAGCUCGACCUCCUCGAGCUCCGAUGGCACGAGCUUGGACCUUACGUCACCAAAUUCGUCAUCUUGGAAUCCAAAACCACCUUCACUGGGAUCCCGAAACCGCUCUUCUUCGAAUCAAACAAGGAGAGAUUCGCAUUCGCAAAGGACAAGACUGUACACAGAGUCUUCCCUGGGAAGAAGCGUUCUCAGGGUAAGCAACAAGAAGACCCUUUCGUGCUGGAGGGGCAACAGAGAGUUGCGAUGAACUCGUUGCUUAAAGACGCAGGGAUCUCCGACGGUGACGCGCUGAUUAUGUCAGACGCAGACGAGAUCCCGAGCCCUCACACGGUGAAGAUCCUACAGUGGUGCGACGGAUUGCCGAGUAAAAUGCAUUUGGAGAUGAGAGAUUACAGAUACUCCUUCGAGUUCCCUGUUGAUUACUCUAGCUGGAGAGCUUCUGUGCAUAUCUACAGCAGGAAAUGGACUCAGUACCGUCACUCUCGGCAGACGGAUUUGAUAUUAUCCGACGCCGGUUGGCAUUGCAGCUUUUGUUUCCGGCGACUUAGUGAGUUCGUUUUGAAGAUGAAGGGUUAUAGCCAUGCGGAUAGAGUGAGGCGCAAGGAGUUUCUGGAUCAUGGGAGGAUACAGAAACAUAUAUGUAAAGGUUCUGAUCUCUUUGACAUGCUUCCUGAAGAGUACAGUUUUAAAGAUUUGAUUAGCAAGAUCGGACCUAUUCCUCCUUCUGCUUCUGCUGUGAAUCUGCCUGCGUUUUUGAUUCAGAACGCUGAUCGGUUUCGGUUUCUUCUUCCCGGAGGUUGUCUCCGAGAGCCCUAA